AUCCAUAACGUAGUGAUUCUUAACGAUUGGGAGGCUGUGAGAGAUGCCCUCCAUAAGGAUGCCUUCUUAGGCCGACCACAUAACACUCCGUUUGCUAUUAUCAAUGAAAUGAGUUUUAGUGACGAUAGCGGCCCCGUAUGGAGAGAUCAGCGGCGCUUCGCUCUGCAAACGCUCCGGGAAUUAGGGUUUGGGAGGGAAGGGAUGGGAGGGAUGGAGAAUAGGAUUGUCAAUGAGAUCUCAUAUUUUGUGCAAAGAGUAGACACGUUUGAGGGCCGGCCAAUCAAUAUACACAAACUUCUCAUUCCGAGCACUUCAAACAAUAUGUGUCAUCUGGUGUUUGGCCACCGAUACGACUACGAGGACCCGAAACGACGGGCUUUAGACAAACUCGUUGAAGAUAUGUCUGUGUUUUCGGUGAUAGGAGUGCUGGCAAUGGCUCCGCUUUGGUUCGCUAAACUAGUGUUCAGACUCGGCUCUUAUGGCAAUAAAGCCCAGUUUGAUGUCGUUUUUGAUAUAUUUAAUAAGGAAGUGGAGGCCCACAAGAAGUCAUUGGAUCCAAACAAUAGACGCGAUUAUAUUGAAGGAUAUCUACACGAAAUGCAAAUAAGACAGGAAAAGGAUCCCAACACUCACUUUAAUUUUAAGAAAUUACAGGCAAAUUGCAGGGCAUUCUUCGAGGCCGGAAGCGAUACUGUGACGACAGCCAUAGAAUGGGCCCUAUUAUUGGUUGUCAAACAUAAAGAUCAUCAAAAGAGACUUCAAGAAGAGAUCGAUGGUGUGAUCGGUAGAGACCGGAGCCCCACUUGGGCUGACAUAUUUGAUAUGCCGUUUACGCAGGCAUUUAUUAAUGAAAGUUUUCGUUUCAAAACACUUCUANUAGAAUGGGCCCUAUUAUUGGUUGUCAAACAUAAAGAUCAUCAAAAGAGACUUCAAGAAGAGAUCGAUGGUGUGAUCGGUAGAGACCGGAGCCCCACUUGGGCUGACAUAUUUGAUAUGCCGUUUACGCAGGCAUUUAUUAAUGAAAGUUUUCGUUUCAAAACACUUCUACCAUUAAAUUUAAUGAGAAGGUAA